AUGCGUGUGAUAACAACCCUUGCUCUAACAGUUGCUGGACUUGCCAGUCUGGCCUGCUGUGACUCCAAGUUCAUCCAGCCUCCGGAAUCGGGCUCCAAGCAGCCUUCUGAUACCGACAUGACCAAAAACAAACGUUAUGAGCAAGGCGACAAGAUCAAGAUCGAAUAUGAAACAGACAUCGACCAGGUUGCCAUCGAAAUUCAUCAAGUUUCUCUAAACGGGGUCAGUGCCUACUCAUCGUUAGCUAGAAAUGGAUCGGCGAAUCCAAGUUACUGGCUGGCUGAGUAUGGUUUUCUCGGAUUAGCAGAGAAUAAUGAGGACUCUAUUUACUGGUUUACUCUUUUUAAAUCCAGUCAAGGCCGAGUCGCUCGAUCGGAGUACUUUAAUGUCAGUUCACCUAAAGCUGUUGAGACUACAUCUGGUAGUAUAUCAGCAACUACCACUAAACCGGGACUGGCAACUUUGACCUCUGAGCAACACGCAUCGACAUCGACGGCAGGAUCAGAGACAGAUACGGAGCCCGCCUCGACCAGCUCAUCCACAAAUUCAGGAUCUGGGCUAUCUCAAGGAGCGACGGCAGGUAUAACCGCUGGCGCCAUCAUUGGUGGUCUCUUAAUUCUCGGCAGUAUCGGAUGGUUCGUUUGGCGGCGAGUAGGGAAGGGGAGAAAGAAUGUUAAUGGAACAGAAGGGGCUCAGGAUCAACAGCAUCACUUCUAUUCCUUGGAAACAAAGGUUGAGCUUCCAAGUGACAUUACCACUCAUCCCUCAGAAUAUGCGGCGAGCCGUCCAGGAUUACACGAGGCACCUUAG